UGAAAUACAGAAAAAUGAGUGACGAAGAAAAAAGACCGAAUAGUCCCUCUGGAUCAGAAGACAAAAAGAGCAGAAAACGGCAUGUCUCACCGCAGCCUGUACCAAUUCCUGGAGCUCAAGAAUCGAAAAAUACUCCAUCGCUUCCACCAUGGGUGGCUGGAGGAUCACCAGCAAAGUUUGUCAGUCAUGAAGAAUUGAUGAAAAUGACAAAUGAAUUAGAAAAUAUGGAGUUGGUUCAUGAAAUUGCAAUCGAUCCUAAUUUUCAAAUUCCCGAUAAACCAACAAAUGCAAUUCAACGAUGUGUUCAAGAAUCAAUGCACAAGGCCUACUACAAUCAGCUACGCCGGGAUCUUGCCAAAGAUCCUCCUGAACUGGAGUACUGUUUCAGUUUUCUGAUGGAAGUCAAAACUAUGAUUCUGGAUGACAUUUUAACUGCCCAACAUACACGUUUAAAAGCUGAAAUCAACUCGAUGCUUGACGAAACUGCUCUACGUGGCAAGUUAGACCAAGGCCAGCUUGAUAUCAAGAAAGUGAUGAAAUAUAUUGUUGACUUAUGCUCAAGACUGUGCUCUCCAGCCCGAGAUGUGAAAGUUGCCGAAUUAAGGACCAGAACUGACGUUAUUGAUAUUUUCGAAGGAACGAUGGAUCUUCUGGAGCUAAUGAAAAAUGAUUUAACCAACUAUCAAAUAUCACAGAACCGUGCGGCCAUCGAGGAAUACUCAUCAAAACACGAAUAUGACAUGUUUCAGAAAUUUCUGAUUGAGAAUCCGAACGGAUGUUAUUUUGCCAGACAGUGGCUGAAAGCUGCAUAUGACGAGUUGUUUGAGAAAAAAUUAGAUGCUGAAGGAGAGGAGACAUCAGUGAAAAAAGAGAGAAAAAAUGAAGAUACAGAUACAGUCUUAAUUGAUACUACAAGUCGAGGUUAUACUAAGUUAAUUCAAGUCAAUGAAUAUGAUGGAUUUCCGGAAACUUUGAAAAUCGACAAAAUCAAGAUUGAAUUGCUUGCGGAAAAGUUUUUGCAAAUUGUUAUGUGUGCAUCAUCUGUAUUCGUCACAUGCAAUGUAGCAGGGAAACAAAUUUCUGAAAGUGCAGAUUUCAAGAAAACAUUAAAAGAUCAUUUGAUUGUAAUCACAAAUAAUACAGACGAAGAACGAAUAAAAUCCGAUCUCGAGAAAAUCGGUGAGCAAUGUGUGAAAGAGGCAGUCGACACGUCGAAGAAGCUGAAUAUCGAAUGGAAUACUGAAAGCUCAACAUCUAUUCGAAACCAAAUCAACGCACUGAUCAGCUCAGAUAAUCCUAUCAGAAAGCUGGUUCAUACCAGAGUUUCCACAUUUGUUGAAGAAAUGCUCCGAAGUCCAACUUCUGUUCCACAUCGCCUACUUCCAGGUCUUUCUGUGAUUCAAUCUGAAUUGUGUGCUUUCACAUCGAAAUUCCUUCGUCUCUGUGUCCACAACCGGAAGACAUUUUACGCGAUGUAUUCCAACCUCAUCCAGGAGUUUCAAGGACAUACUCCUUCGACGCAUGCAAUCUAUCGUGCUGAUAGUCCCUCUUCUAUGCCUGGUCCUAGCACAUCUGCCUAAUUCACAGAACAAAAAAUCUGAAAUAUUUGCCACUUGUUAUUACUGUAAAGUUCCAAAUUCCGAUCUUCAAUAUGCUUUGUGACAUAAUCUCAUGCUUCUGAUGGUUAUCAUUUAUAUAUGUCAGCAUUAAUUAUUUGGUUUCAUAUAUAUGUUCAAUUAUUUACAUGAAUUGGUGAGUGAGU